UCUCCCUCUCCAUCAGCGCUUAUGACCUCGUUCCUUUUGCCAGACCUGCGAGAGGAUUUUCGGAAGUCGCCCUCCAGCGUCGACGUGCCGGAAGGAAAGACGGCUGUGUUCGAGUGUGAGCCUCCAAAGGGUCACCCGAUUCCCGUUGUCACUUGGAGACUGGACGGAGAGGACCUGACUCUCCCCAGGCACAGAUACCGACAGGAGGGCUCGACGUUGCUGGUGAGUCACGUGGUUCCUGCUGACGAAGGAGAGUACCAGUGCGUGGUGACCAACAUGGCGAACCAGAGGGUGUCUCCGGCGGCCAUUCUCACGGUCUUUGAAUCGGCGCGGGUAGGGGGCGUGGUCAAGAGCAUGGUGGGCGUGGCCGGACAUGACGUCACGCUGCCCUGUGCCCCGACUGGGAACCCGGAUCCGCAGGUGCUGUGGAGCCGCGUGGACGGCCCGAUGCCCGUCGGUCGCGCCCGAGUGGGUCGGGACUGGAGCCUCACCAUCAGCGACGUGACCAUCGGCGACCAGGGAGUCUACGUGUGCGAGGCUUCCAACGUCGCGGGAUCCGACAGCGCCAACACCUCGCUCGCUGUCGUCGAACCCCCUCGCGUGGACGGAGGAGUACGCCCACGAAUCGCCGUGAUCACGCCCACCCACGUGCGUCAGAUCAGCUGCCCCGUGACGGCCACGCCCAGCCCGGUCAUCUUCUGGGUGCGGGAGAACCACGUGAAGGAUGACCUCGACUACCACGAUGACCCAGUGUUCGAGGACCCCGCCUUCUCGAGCCUCCAGCAGCCCCUUCAGCACCUUCCGGAUAUCCUGCUGGCGGGCUACGGCGGCGGCCCUGCCCUCGGGACGCCGCCCAGGAUCGACUCGGAGCCCCUGGUGGACGAGGCCUACAACCUGCACGUGACCACCUACCACGAGGGUCUCUGGGCUUGCAUGGCCGCCAACGAGGUUGGCGGGCUGAUGCUUCCCGUGCACGUGGUGGGCGGGGGCGUGGCGCGCAACUCGGCGGGGAUCGGCAUCGUGGGCGUGGACGAGGUGGAGGCGCGGGCGGCCCUCCUCACGCCCGCGCUCGAGCUCGGACACCCUUCGUCUGCCGCGCCGUCGGCCGUCACGCUCAAGUGGCGAUACCUUCACCAUAGGAUACAGGAGAUCGCGGAGGAGGCUGUACAGGAGGAGCUGGUCGCCACGCCCCCAUCCUCGGCGUGUUCGUGCUUGGGUGCGAGCGCGGCGCCGGCUUCGUCUCGCCCCGCGUGCAGCAGCUGCUUCAGAGCCACGACAUCUCCCGCCACAGCCGCACCCACGGCCUCCGUCAGCCUGGUCCGGAGAGCGAGGCGGUGCGCGACGCCCUCGUGCAGCCGGAGGUCGCUCAGCAUCUCCACGACGGCGGCGACGAUCGGCGCGACGGGACGCUGGCGGCGGAAGCGACCCGGCGGCAGUUCCCCCUUCGCCAACGCCACGACGAAGGAGGAACCUGACCCGCAGUGCUCGAAUCUGCGAGUGCUAGGUCACGCCUCAGCGCAGGUCACGAGCAUGGUGCUGGACGGCCUGCAGCCCUACACCUCCUACUGGCUCUUCCUGGUGCCGCACUACAAGGGCGUCCUCGGCGUGCCCUCCAACCUCCAGGCCUACACGUCGCCGCAGGAUGUGCCGUCUGGGUGGGCGGUCCUGUCCCGGUGGUGGGCGGCGCAGGUGGGCGACGGCUUCUACGCCCUCACGCUGCACUGGCGCCCUGUCCCCCAGCACCUCGCCCACGGGGUCAUCCAGAAGUACAUGGUUGUGGUUCACGAGAGGGACACGGGUGUGACCCACAACGUCAGCGUCCUGGGAGAGCUGACGUCCCUGACCUUGCCCAACGUGACCUCCUCCCGAGUGAGCGUGACCUUGACCGCGGCCACAGUCAAGGGCUUCGGGCCUUCGUCGCCUCCUGCGCGACUUGACCUCCUCAUGGCCCACUACAAGGAACCUGGCGUGGGCGUGGGCGUGGUGAGGUCAGCAUGGUUCCUGGUGCUGGCGGGCGGCGCUGUGGCCAUGCUGGUGGUCGUGGUGUCCUGUACGGUGACUGCGAGGUGGUGCGCCAGGGGCCUCCAGGCACUGCCCAGGGACGUAAGCAAGAACAAGGUGUGCAGCACAGGCGACCCCUGGGGAGACGUGGGCGGUCUGUGGGCGGUGGAGUCGGACGAGCUGCACUCAGACAAGUCGGAGAAAAAGCUGCUGACCUCGAACGGCUCCGCCACCGCUGACUACGCGGAGGUGGAUGCUGGGUCACUCAGGGUCAAUGACGAUCUCAGCAAAAGCAGGCUGGAGCCGUGGACACAAGGGCUUCUCUGCCCCUCGCCCUCGCCCUCCAGGACCUCGAGUGUCUCCCAGCGCAACAAGCACACGCAGUCCGAGUCGGUGUCGUGCCAGGUGCCUCCGCCGCGGCCUCCGUCGCGCCACGGCCCCUCACGCCAUCCCAGCGGCCGCAGCUACACCAUCCCCUCCGUGGCCCCGCCCACCAACCACGCCCACCUCUCCUCCACCACCUGCCGAGGCACCGAGGCCAACAGCUGGUACACGGGCGAGUGCUGCAGCUGCUGCCAGGACGACAUAAAGCUGAUCAUUCCCCGCGACUCGCUCUGCGCCUCCGCCACGCCCUCGGGCUGCUCCACCGUCCGCGCCAACUUCGACCGCCCGCCCGCCCUCACGCCCAUGACGCAGGACUACCAGUACAGCGCCGCGGAGACCGACACCUACGAGGCAGUCACGGCCUACGACGCAGCCUCCCCGGUCGACGACUCCGAGACGCGGCCGGCCUCGCGGGAGGACGUCCGCCAGCUGAGACUCAACACGGAAUCCACGACGGACCUGUCCAUGGACUGCUACAACUUCUCCGACGAGGGCGAGGACGACACGCAGUCCUGCAGCGACACCGAAGCGUCCUUCUUCAUCCCCCGGAACCACGACAGAAAACGCGAGAAGAUGAGCGUAGGGGAGACUAAAGAGAACCUCUCGUCGUGCGAGGACGUCCAGCGAAUCGGCGGGUUCCCUCGCUCCGACUGCAAGGAGAACCUGAGCAAGACCUUCCGCAAGCCGGGCGAGGAGGGCAAGGAGAGGAAGGGCUCGGACGCCUUGCUCUGCUCCCAGGUCGACAUGUCUGCCUCCACCUCCGGCGCCUCGUCCAUGAUGGAGAGCUCGGGCGUCGGGCUGCCGAAGGUGAGGCAGCCGAGCCGCUCCUCCGUCUCGCAGGACAGCCUCGAGGAGCAGUUCGAAAGGACCCUGAGUUUCAUAUCGCAGGGCGGCUCUUGGAACGUUGAUUCCGACUACAUGUCUACUUCGCUGUAUAAUUAACGAACAUCCCCCCAGAAAGCAUUUAUAGUGUGUGUUGCCGUGUCUUAGAACUGCCAUUUAUUUGUUUCUGAUUACGCAAAAUAUCAUGUGAUCAUAUCGAACAUACGAUGGUAGGAGAGAAAGGGAGAAAAAAAAAAACACAUGCAUCAAAUGGUUCGAUCUUAGCAACUUCGAAGUAACUGUGCGGAUAAAAAUAUGACAAGUGUGCGAAUUGCAUCUGCUCCGGAAUCUUCCAAACGACUCCUUGUGUCUCGAAGCAGAACGUGAGUGUCAGACGAGCGUCGAACCUCAAAAUUCCAUUCAGUCUCAACGGAACUGGAGCGUGGAUGUUCGUCGACAGUUUCAGAUCAGUGAUUUAGCUGACUCAACAGCCUGAACCACCCGAGUCCUUUCCGCGAUAUACAGUGCGUGUUGUGAGUCUUAACAGUGGAUAGUCUGGGCUAAGAAACGAUGGCAAGGAGCGCCAAGAGUCUCAGAAUAGUUGUCCGAAGAACGCAUCUCGUGGACCCCAAGCCGUUGCCAAGGGGUGAAUCCAGGGCGGUGGACCCGUGUCGGGACAUUCCUGUAGAUAAUCAAAGGAUAUUUUUUCAUGAUGAUGCUCAUUAUAGAGGUGUUCUUAUUUUAUUUUGUUUUUAUUUUUCUACCUUGGCUAGCAUGAGUGGAAACCUUUAAACGGACUUCCUUUAGGAGGAGAGUAGUGCAUGUUACAGAAUCCUCCAAGUUAUCUUUAGAAUUUUCAUUCUUUCGAAGUUUCAGAAAGGAUUGUAAGGAUUUUAUAAGCGAAAGGAUUCCAAGAAAGCAAAGUGAGGAUUGGAUUAUAAGGAUGAUGAGGAUUCGUCGUCAGAAGAGGAUUGAAGUGGACAUGGUUACCAAAUAUCAUCUUACCAUAUCAAAUAUUUAGUGUAUAGUCGCCACAAAAUAGCCAUGCAUUGAAUUGCUGUGCUUGCAUCCUUUUUGUGGCGUUUGCAAGAAAAUGUGAGAUUGUCUUCCUGAGUUGAAGUUUAUUUCCCCAAAGUAUAAGAUAUAAAGAGAAAAUAUAAUGUUAUUUCACAUAAGAGUAUAAGUAUAUUAUAUAAUUAUAACGAAUCAGUUAAUGUGUGUACAUGGGCCUAUGUUUAUUGUAAUGUAAUCCAACUUACUUCAUGUAACCCUAUAGAUGUGUUAUUGUGAAGUAAUAAAAAAAUGUACAGAAUGUUAUAUUGUAUAUCAAAAGUGUAUUACAACCAAAUUUUCAAAAAAUGCUCAAGAAUUCAUAUCCGAAGAAUGUACAACUGUCAAUGUUUUUUGCAGCUACAUAUUUGUAUGUUGUAACUCAAUAAAUAUGUAUGAGUACU